AUGGCAAAUAUCGUUGCUAGAUGUCACAAGAUUUUGGAGGCCGAAAUCCUUCGUCGCUCUUCUCAAGUUGUUUCUGUUGUUGGUAAACGAGCUUACAUUUUUGGAGGAGAAUUGCGACCGCGCGAGCCUCGAGACAAUGAUGUCCAUACUGUUUCAUUAGGCACCAACGCUAUGAUCACUUCCGAACCCGCAAAGUCCCAAUCUCCCUCCCCACGUGUUGGAACGGCAACCGCUACACUGAACGGAAAGAUCUAUCUAUUCUCUGGUCGAGGGGGUGUCGCAAUGGCACCUAUUGAGGAACGGGGAGCGGUCUGGGAAUUUGAUCCCACUGCAUUAAGCUGGUCGCUCAUUAUGCCAUCUGGUUCCAACUCGGGGGUGUUCCCAGUCGCUCGCAGCUAUCAUUGUAUGGCAAGUGAUGGGAAGGAUACGCUUUACAUCCACGCAGGUUGCCCUGAAAAGGGAAGACUGUCAGAUCUAUGGGCAUUCAGCCUUUCUCGCAAAGAAUGGGUGGAACUCGCGCCGGCAUUCGAUCCUCCACGCGGUGGUACAUCGAUUGCUUUUACAGCUAGGAAGCUGUAUCGUAUGAAUGGCUUUGAUGGGAACACCGAACAAGGUGGGAGCGUGGACGUAUAUUCUCCCGAAACAAAUUCUUGGACUUCGCUUCUGUAUUCGCCUGAUGGCAAAUCCGGUCCUAUGCCGCGAAGCGUGAGCGCCUUACUGCCGAUUUAUCUAAGAGACCGGUCAUUUUUAAUCACCUUAUUCGGUGAGCAUGACCCUAGUUCACUGGGUCACCAAGGAGCGGGGAAGAUGUUGAGUGAUGUGUGGGCAUUUGACAUUAGAAGCAAGAAAUGGGAGGCAGUGGACGUUCAAGGGGGUGAGCUUCCUCUUGCGCGGGGCUGGUUCGAUGCUGAUGUUGUUGGUACGAGCGCAAUCUUGGUCCAUGGUGGGCUAGGGGAAUCGAAUGAUCGACUUGGGGAUGUCUGGAAUUUCGAAUUUUUUUGA